AUGGGAUUCCUUAUUACACUGCCUGGUAUUACUCUUACAAGCCCACCACAGGAUGCAAAGCGUGUCAAGGUGGGGACAUCCAGUAUCCGACAUACGCAUCAUCAAGCAGCCGCAAGUUACCGUCAAUCGGCGGAACCUGCAUUGUUUGGCUUGAAUGCAAUCUUCUGCGCAUGCAAGUGCUCACGUGUCAUCUCUCCACCAGUCCGCUUGCCUGCCCCACUUGCCCACUGGCUUCCUUCCGGCGGGUUGCACAAUCCCAACUUCCGCUUGCUCUCUCCGCUCCACACCUACGCAGGCAAGCACUCACGCACGCGCGUCGCUUGUCAGCUGGGGCUGGAGGAAGUGGGGAAGAGGGGAUUAAAGACGCUUGCAUGCACACGUGCACAGAUGGUCAGCGCGAGGGAGGAGUGUGAAGAGGGCGGAGGAGGAGGAGGAAGAGAGGGAAACACUUCCGUCUUCGCGCCUUGUCCUUCCUCGUAUUAUUGGAUCCAAACUGAUGCGAAUGGGUGUCUUCGGAUAUUUGGACCAGAAGGUAAGGGUAUGCUACGUCUCUAG